AACUUAGAAUGUGUUGUGUUUUUGUAAUGGUAGUGAGUAUUAUUAUUAGUAGUAUUUACUGUAAAUAAAUGAUAAAUGCAUGAUAAAUUAAAGUGUUAAAAAUUGAUUUAAAAACGUUAACAGUAAAUCUGAUUAAUUUAGUUGCAGUUCCCAACGUCCAACACCAGGGGUCUCCCUGUCGCUAAACUGCUGGCCGUCGUCGUCAUGGCAACCAGACUUUCAUGGUAACCAGUGACGCUGAGGGGAGCAGCGACUAAAACUGAGCAACUGGGAGGAAAGAGACAGAAAAGUAACGCCGAAGGACGGAAGCCAGGAAACAACUGGAAAUCUUCACUGACACAAGACAGACCACAAACAGCGGGGUUAUCAAUGCAUUUAACAAGACCAAAGUCCUCCAAAGGACGGAGCAGACCCGCUGUAAACAACUCUGUGUUUGCAAGUGAGACAGACAGCAUCCAGAUGGCACCCGCGUCUCCAGAGUCUCCUGUUCACAGCAGGCCGGACAGAAACCUCCGCUCCCAGUCCCAGCCCAUCAUGUGGCAAGCCGGCCAGCUGAGCCAGGAUGAAGUCCUGCACAUGCUGCAACACGCUCCUGCUGCUCCGCCACAGUCCUUGAACAAGUACAAGGUCCUGCCAUCCAUAGAGAGGAGGCGGUCGGAGACGAGUCCAGGGCGAAGCCUGGACCAAAACAUGUCCAAGCUCACCCUGUCUGAUGGUGAUAUCCUGCAGCAAAGGCAGAGGCAUGAGGAGCCUGGGCUUCCCAGCAGCAGCAGUGAAGGUGGGUCACUCAGGAUCUGGCCUAAGCCACCACCGGACCCAGGACCAGUAACAACCAAAGAAGCUGGAGCCAGUGGCAGUUUGCUCUUAGCUAUCCGAACGCCUUGUGGCAAGAGGUUUCAGCAGCACUUCGAGCCCACAGACACUCUGCUGACGGUGAGAGCCAGCGCAGAGGCCAGGUACGGAGCAAAGUAUGAAGAGGUCUGCAUUGAGACUAUGGACGUGCCACGAAGGAGCUUCACAGACAUGGACAUGACUUUGGCCCAGUGUGGCAUCUUGAACAGAUCAGUGCUGUGCAUCUCCCAGAACAAUGACAGUGUGGUGGAGCAUGACUCAGAUGUGCAAGGUUUGUUUUGUAGUUGAAAUGUGGCUCUGCUGUAUUUAAAGUCCCAAUCCACUCAGAAAAUGUGUUUUGCUUGACCUUUGACCACUGUGCAGAAGGAUGUCUUUAACACCAGGGAGCUGCUUACACAUUCAUCUGGGAAAGUUUCCCUGUUCAAGUUUAAAAUGUUUCUAUACAAGCAUGAUUUGUGGAAACAAACACUGAGAAUUGACUUUCCUUUUAAGCAGCAGACAUCUUCUGUCUAGUGGUUCAACUAAAAAUUUUAGCAUAUUAAUAAAUUCUGGGUUUUUCCAGCGAGGGCAAGAGAGUCACUGAAAGAUUAUAUAUUUUGGAUUUUAUACACACAGGCUAAUAUGUUGUGCACAUGAUAAAAUCUUAUCUUUUAGGACUUUGGUUCCACAAAUAUACAUUUUCUAAUAUUAAUUAACUUCUUUUUAAUUAUAGAAAGCACACUGGAUUCAAAUCAUUAUUCGAGGUAGAAUACGUUUAUAUCUUCUGGGGGGACUGUCAAGCAUAAACAAGCUUUUUUUAGGGACUAAAUCAAAUUUAGUACAAUGCAUUAAUGAAUGCAUCCUGUAUGCAUGUAUAUAACCACAGCUGGCCUUAGAGGGCAUUUAAAAUACGUGUACAUUCUGCUGAUGCACAAUGUUUUAAUCACAAUAGCAGGCAAAAUUAAGGACUUGGAUCUGCUUUCAGGUAUUGAUUUAGACUAGAGAAUCUGGUUUCACUUUGUGAUGGUUGCAGUCAUACUGGUAAUCAAUACCACAGCAUAAUCAGAGAUUCUUGUAACAUCAGCAGGGCCAGCUGACAAAUACAACAACAAACAGGGUUUCCUAAACGUUUAUCUGUUGCUGCAUCUUUUCUUUAUGGUUGAUGUUCUUAUAUGCCAAAUAAAGUCUUUCACUAGGAUGCACAGGCACUUGGUAAAUAUGUGAAGAAUGACCAACACAUUAUUUUUGUAUAACAGCUACCACCCUGCUUUUCAAGUAUGUAAACAUGAAGAAGAAAGACAAGAAAGAAAAGUCCCCAGAGAAGCGCAAAUAAAACUAAAUGAUAAAUGAAUCCA